AUGUCUCGAAAGUACACCAUUAAUAUCAAGAACGCCUCUCAGGAGAGCAAGGAUUUCUUGCUCUUUCAAGUGAUCCCUAACCCUCCUAACAUCCCCCGGGAAGGGGUCUUCACCAACGUCUACCAGCGGUCCGUUCGGGUUCAGGGAAAUGGCAGCUCCAAAGCAUCUUUUCAAAUGGCCAACCAGUACUGGGCGGUCUACGGGCCGUCCGUGCAGUCUUGGGAUGGACAGACCAAAGUGGCUACUUCAGGAUCCAGGGACGUCGUUCUUGGCCCCGACGGUUCCUACUUUGUCCUUUCGACCUUGCCAGGCCCCAGAGGAACACCGGAUGGUGUGUCCCCUUGCUUUGAUGACGUAGCCAGUCGCAAUCGUAGCACCUUUGCUCCCAGUGCGUUCACUAUCCGUACCGACGGGUCUUUCAACCCCAACGAGAGUAAUACCUACUUCGGUGUCGGUGCCAAAGAUCCCAGGAGUGGCGAGAUUAUCCCCAUUCAGACUUACCGAGCCAAGCCCAAUGUUGUCAGCGAGAUCGUCCCGUGUGACAAGUACUACAUCGCCUUCGGAAACUACGAGCCGGGUUCUGUCGUCAAUAUGAACUGGCUCGGUAAUGUCCUCGAGGUCGACUUCACUACUGCAGACUCCAACAGCUGCACCUUUACCCUUGACGCCACCAACAACUAUGUCCCAGAGACCGACAUUGCCAACUAUGGCAUCCGUUGGAGGGUUACCACCGCUGUUUAG